AUGCCUGACUAUACCCACCCUUACCUCACUCUUUCUCCAGAUUCAUACCUGCCCUUGUCGACCAAUCAGAGAUCCAGCUCUGUUAACGGCACCUGGGAGCCUGAUGGCGUCACUUUCUUCAUCAUCCAGGGCCUCGCCAGCCUUGGUGAGAAAAAGAUGAUAGUUUUUGUCCUCCUGCUUCUGGGUUACAUCAUCAUCCUGGGAGGAAACAGCAUGAUCAUCUUUGUGGUGCUGACUGAUUCAAAGCUCAACUCUCCCAUGUAUUUCUUCCUCUCCAACCUCUCCUUCGUGGACAUCCUCUUCACCACCACCACCAUCCCCAAAAUGCUGUCGGGCCUCCUGACAGACGUGAAUACCAUUUCCGUCCCAGGCUGCUUCCUCCAGAUGUAUUUCUUCGUUCAGCUGGCUGUUACCGGUCGUGCCAUCCUGACUGUCAUGGCGUACGACCGCUACGUGGCCAUCUGCAACCCUCUGCGCUACACGGCAGUCAUGACUCGGCCCGUCCGGCUGCUCCUCGUCGCAGGAGCAUGGAGUUUUGCCGCCUUCUGCACACUACCAGCUACCUCCUUGUCCUGGCAGCGGCUUUACUGCGGCCCCAGUGUGGUGAGGAAUGGCUGGUGUGACCUGUCGUCUGUACGGCGCCUGGUGUGUGGUAACACCACCAUAGAUAACAUUGUGUCCAUUUCCUUCGCCAUACUGGCGCUACUGACCACAGGAGUCCUCAUCCUCACCUCCUACAUCCUGAUUGGUGUUUCCAUAUCGAGGAUGGUGUCGAUGGAGGGUGUCGCUCAAAGGCUAAAGGCCUUCAGGACGUGUGCUGCUCACCUGACUGUGGUGUCCAUCUCUUACAGCUCGGCCUCGUUUGUAUACAUCUCCUACAGGGUGGGAAAGUUUUCACCUGAGGUUCGUAUCAUCGUGUCUGUAAUGUACUCCGCUCUGACUCCUUUCCUAAACCCCCUGAUCUACAGUCUGAGGAACGAGGAGCUGCGAGAGUCCAUCAGGAGGACUCUGAGCAGGUUCAGACCUGCUGCUGUGUUACCCACAAAGAACGUCCACACAGUGUCCUGACUGGGAGAGGAAAGCUGUUUCAUGUCCAUUUGGGGUUAAGAGACCGUCUCGCACUAAAACUUAUUCAGAAACCAUCAGUCUCCAGAAGAAAAUGUUGGCAAUGUUGGUUUCUGCAAACCAUGACUGUUACAUUUGUAGUCUUCAUACAGAUCACUUUGAGACUAUGGAACAAUAAUACUGAUUGGGUUUUACUAACCUGUGGCUCUUCACAAGCAGUUUAUUAGGCA